AUGACGGUCCUCCCCAAGCUCUCGACGGGGCUGGACGUCAACGUGCGGUUCACGGGCGUCUCGGACUUCGAGUACACGCCCGAGUGCAUCGUCUUCGACCUCCUCAACGUCCCGCUCUACCAUGGCUGGCUGGUGGACCCCCAGAGCCCGGAGGUGGUGCAAGCCGUGGGCAAGCUGAGCUACAACCAGCUGGUGGAGAAGAUCAUCACCUGCAAACAGGCCAGCGACUCCAGCCUGGUGAGCGAAGGGCUGGUGGCGGAGCAGUUCCUGGAGUCCACGGCCUCCCAGUUGACCUACCACGGGCUGUGCGAGCUCACGGCCGCCGUCAGGGAGGGCGAGCUCAGCGUCUUCUUCCGCAACAACCACUUCAGCACCAUGAUAAAGCACAAGGGCCACCUCUACCUGCUGGUGACGGACCAGGGCUUCCUGCAGGAGGAGCGGGGGGUGGGAAUCGGGGCGUGCUCCCGCCUUGGCUUGCGAAACCGGCCCUGGGAGGUUCCUCUUCCCCCGGCCCGGAGCGAAGCCGGCUCGUCCCUCGCCUAA